CACAGCGUGCAUUGAUGGAGCGUCUUGUUCAGCCAUGUUGUGGUUUUGAAUGAGGAAGAAGCGGGAGAUAACAUUCUUCAACGAGUUUAUAUGCAAUUUAAAGUCACGUUCAGGAUAUAUACAUGAGUUAGGCCGUGACUCAAAAUGAUAGCCGUUUUUCCGAACGCGUUGGUUGCGACUUAUCGCAUUCCUGCUGGGAUUUAAACAUACUUCCAUAAAUUAGCCGUUUAGCUAACAACGUUAGCUAGCGAGGCAGUUAGCAUAGUUUGCUAGCUAGGCAACUAGCGAGUUCCCAGCUAACUAGCUAACGGUUAGCUCGUUUCCUGCGAAAGUAAAAUGAUAAUUGUGAGGAGUAUUAGCCUUUGAAAUAGCCUCCGCUAACCUGCCUCGGUCGAAUGAAGCGCAUUAGCUUCCUCUGGUUUGACUAUAUUGACAGGCAGACUGAAAGCAGCUAUAGCGAUUUAUUUUUAAACCAGCGGCGUUAAUUCCCAAACUUUUGAGCCAUGUUGAAUAAAAUCUACGAAUGGAUUGAAACAAGCUUUGCCAAUCUUCGCAAUGGUGUACCAGCUGCGGAGCACUCUGAUGCACACCGGGCACCGAGGGAAAGUCCGAUAAGAAGGAAAAGACCAAUUGAAUGUUUGGAAGAUGGACAUAACAUCGCACAAGAUGGCUUAAUCGUAAAGAAAUCAAGAAUGGGAGAUCUUAUUGACACAGUCAAGGUUGCAGCUGAAGGGGUUAAGAAUCACAGCUCCACUGUGGCUACAUGGAUGAGGAACAAUGUGAGCCCUACCUUGAGAAAUAUACUGCCUGCCUCCCCUGGUCCUCCACCUGGAGAACCUCAGCCAGAGCCCUCAACAUCAGCAGCAGUCUGGGCCGGGAUGCCGGUUGUUGACAGGAACUGUCUGGAUGAGACGUUUGCUGCUCCCUCCACAACUUUGGAGUGGAAAACAUCCAAAUCAGAAUGGUUGCGCAACGAGAAGUCAGUUAUGGGAUCAAAAGUCUGUAGGCGACAAGUGUGCAUGAGUCCUACACAUCGUGAAGUGCCAAAAACAAAUGGGCACUCAGUCAACUUGCCGCCCUCUUUCACCCCAAAGCUGCACCCUUCUCCACGACUAGGCAGGCCUCUAAACCUCCGACCAUACACCACACCAAGUUUCUCUAGUGGAGCGGCAAGCAGCUCCUGCACCAGCAUGUAUGAGAAGACCUUUCCCAUCAAAGUAGUGCAGAGCCCAACACACAGCAACUCAUCUGGGCGCGUGCACAGUGCCAGACGCCACUGUACAGCACAGGAGUCUGUUUGUGAAGAGGAGAAAGAGGUCUACAGGCAGCUUCUGACCAUGGUCUCCGGUGGUCAGUCAUCUUUCCUUCACAACGGCAGCUCACAUGGCAUUGUGAGGUCACACAGAGAUUUCACCAGCUUCCUGACCACCAGCCGCAGACUGCUACAGUUCUCUUCUCCUGCUGGGUCAGCAGCAGGAGAAACUUCAGAGGGACCCAGCAGCCCCCCCAGCCCGAGGGGGAUGUCUAGCCAGAGCUCCAGCAACCUCCCCAGCCCACUUGGGGCCUCCAGCAGGCCAGGGAUCCAGUCAUGGUCUCUGGACACGGACCUCAGCUCCAGCAGAGCAGCUACUCUCACAUCAGUUCCCUCCCCAUCUGCUCUGCAGGAUAACUCUUCUCAGGACACACAAUCAUCAGCACAUGAUGGUGACUCUGUAAUUAUUGUAAAUGAACAAAAGGGUAAAAAGCAAAACAGCUCAAGUGUGCCAUGUUUCCAAGCUGAGUUAUGGAUCAAAGAACUGACUAGUAUGUAUGACUCCCGGGCGAGAGAAAGACGGAGACAGAUAGAAGAGCAGGAGGCCCUGGCUGCCCAGCUACUGCGACAGCGCCUGUCUGAAGAGGGGCAGCGCAGCCCAGAUGUGGAGGUCCACGUUCGAGUUCCUUUGGAGAAGGAGGUUCCUUUGACUCUUGUGAUAGAAGAACCGAAGCCUUUGGAAGAGAAACCAGAAUUUCCUGAACUCACAGAGGAAAUGGAGGGUGAAGUGAACAGGGCGCUGAGAGGGGCUAAUCAUGAAGUUUUAAGUGAAGGUUUUGGUCUCAGCCUGACUCGCAAGGAUCUGCAGACCCUCAGCAACCUCAACUGGCUCAAUGAUGAGGUGAUCAACUUUUACAUGAACCUGCUGGUGGAGCGCAGCAAGGAUCCCAACCUGCCAUCAGUCAAUACGUUCAACACCUUUUUCUAUCCCAAGCUGCGCAGCAGCGGCUAUUCUGCUGUCCGCCGCUGGACCAAAAAGAUGGACAUCUUUUCUAAAGACAUCCUGCUUGUUCCUGUCCACUUGGGGGUGCACUGGUGCCUUUCUGUGGUGGAUUUCCGCAAAAAGGCUAUCAUGUACUUUGAUUCUAUGGGAGGAAGCAACGAUGAAGCAUGCCGAACAUUGUUUGAUUACCUGCAACAGGAAAGUAAGGACAAGAAGGGCAAGGAACUGGAUACCUCAGGCUGGACUAUGCACAGCAAAAAGCGCAAUGAAAUCCCACAGCAGAUGAAUGGUAGUGACUGUGGAAUGUUCACGUGCAAAUAUGCAGAUUACAUUACCAAAGACAAGCCAAUCACGUUCACACAGAAACACAUGCCCUACUUCAGGAGAAGGAUGGUUUGGGAGAUAGUGAACCACAAGCUGUUGUGAUAUUAGCGUGGUUGUGAACUUGUAUAGUCAGCUCGCUACGUGAGGAACACGAGUCACAACGAUGGCUGAGCUACGUUAAACAGCAGGAUCCACUUACAGACAUCCUGCUCUGGGAAAGACUUGCACACCAGCUCAUCAGAUCAGGAACCAGCUCUGCUACUUUGCAUCCUUUAAUGUCAAUCAAGCCCUCAGCUGAUUGUAGCUGACGGGAUGUUGCUGGAGCACCAAGCACUGCCUCCCGGUCCUCUACUCCACUCUGUUGUUUUUUGGUGCACCCAUGGAGUAUCAGUAAAGCAGCUGAAACGCUGCGUGUUCUGAAUCGCCCAGCCAGAACUGUACUGACUUACAAACCAUACUCUGAGCUGCAAUGUUCAGCUUGAUGCAGACAUACAAAGUUUACAUGUUUUUGUCUUACAGGGAUGUGACUGCAUAAUGCUGCAUCAUUUUUAUAACGACAGUAACGCUACAUUUUGUCGUCACUGUCAGUGUUUGAUACUCAUGGUACUUUCAAAUGAAAAUUGACUUCACUGGGAAAACUAAAAUUUAAGUGGCAUCUAGUCUUAAAAUCUGUCUCUUUUGAACUGGGCAUGAGACUUAUUCUGCUUUUGUUUUUCUCCUUAAUAUAAACAUUUCAACUAAAACAACUAUUUUUGUAAUUUGUUUGAUUAAAAGGCACAAAAGACUUAAAACAUUGCCUCAGAGUAUGAUUUAUAAUGAACGUAGAAUGUUUGAUCUUGCCACGGACUUGCAAGUGGAACAAAACAGUCUUAGUUACACCCUAAAACAGCAGGGGUAAAAGAAAAAUCCUUGUCUUGAUAAAAAUCGAUUGUAAAUUGAAGUUCAAAGUCUAUUUUAUGUAUUUCAGAGUCUCUUUUCUUUUACAGCAACUUUUGGGCAUAUUCAGUAUAUUUUGAACUUUGUACAUAGUUAAGACAUAUACAGCCUCUUGAACAGUGUAAUAUACUUUUUCUUUACGUAUUUCGUAUCUAUUUUUAUCUAGAUUCAAGUCUGUUUUAGAAAUAAAUUCUCAUGUAUUGUGACUGUUCAUUGUGUAUUACCUCAAGAUUAUUUUGGGUUUGGUAUAAAAAACUGCCACAUUUGAUAAACAUGAGAGAACCUGGA